AUGUCGCCAACGUCUGUGUCACAACCUCGAACCGUUUUGCCUCAUGCUGCUUCUGGCCAAACGAUCAUCAAGCCGGAUGACGCGAAGUAUCCUUGGUACCAGUUCUUGAUCCUUCCGUGGACCGAGAGACAGUGCCGUAACUAUGAGGAAUAUGCCAAGAUGAUCGAGAACAUUGAGCCUCUCGAUGAGCUACCACCCGAAUUUGAUCCUUGGUCGGAACCGCUCAAAUACCCCCCACCCACAUUUUACUACGGGUGGGCCGUGGAUAGGGAGUUAGCACUCGACUAUGCUCGCCGAAAGGGACUCAUUGAGGAGGACCCAAGUACCGUAUCCGACCCACGCCGCGCUGCGUUCAUCAAAUCCUGGACACUCGUCGAUGUGCAGGAGUUCCUCGAGCAGGUUGUCUCGCUGGAACAGUCGUACGCGGUCCAGGAUCCUGAUAAUCCAUACCUGCUUAUCUGGUCGCUGUAUGACAAUUGGAAACCGCCUGACGAACGUCCAGAUAUGGGGGAUAUUAUUGAGCUGCAGAAGGAUUUAGGAUACGAGGAUGGGCCGAAAUGGUACUUGUCUUCCGAUACUAUAUGA